AUGGCGGGCGCCACAACAGCGUAUCAAGAAUACAUCAACACCAAGCUGAACCCUGUUCUUGAGGGUCUGGUCGUUGAGGUGCUCCUGGAGCACCCCGACGACCCAGUGACGUUCAUGAUUUCAAGGCUCUGCCAAAGAGCCGGCAUUCCUGACCCAGUUGCAGGGGCGUCCAGCGGGCCGAACGAGACGGAGGAACUCAGGCAGCAGAUCAGCCUCUUGCGCGAGCAGCUGAAGAAGCUGGAGAAGGAAACCAACCACAGCACGGAGGAGACGCACGCACACGACGAGUCUGAGGAGUCCGACGACGACCACGACGAUGGCACCAUGGACGAAGAAGAGGACGAGGCGCUCACAGCCCGGUUCAAAAACCUGAACAAGAUGCGCUGCUCGGUCUCGGCCGAAGUCUACGGCGAAUGGAACAAGAAGAAAAACUUUGUCGCCCCUGUCUACGAAAAAGACGAGGAACAGAAAACCAAGCUCGAGCGGAUUUUGCGCCAGUCCUUUUUGUUUAAUCGGCUGGAGGACCGCGACCUGGCGACGGUGAUUCUGGCGAUGAAGGAGACGCGCAUCGAGGGGGGGACGCGUUUGAUCGUGGAGGGCGACGACGGCGAGUGUCUGUACGUAGUGGAGAGCGGGGAGCUGCAGUGUCUCAAGAAGAUCGACGGCGAGGAGAAGGUUGUGAAGGCAGUUGGAGCGGGCGACGCGUUUGGCGAGCUCGCGCUGCUCUACAACGCCCCGCGCGCGGCGACAGUACUGAGUGUCAGCGCCUGCGUGCUGUGGGAGCUCGGCCGCGACACGUUCAACGCGAUUGUGAAAGACGCCGCCACGAAGCGCCGCGCCAUGUACGACUCCUUCCUGCAGAGCGUGCACUUGCUCGACAACAUGGAUGCCUACGAGCGCGGCAAAGUCGCUGACGCACUCCGAACCGAAUUCUUCACCGACGGCGCGUUCAUCGUCCGACAGGGCGAACCCGGUGACGUCUUCUACAUCGUCGAGGAAGGCAGCGCCGUUGCCACCAAGGCCUUUGGCCCCGACCAGCCUGCCAUCGAAGUCAAGAGAUAUCAGGCUGGUGACUACUUCGGUGAGCUCGCGCUCAUCAACGAUGAACCGCGCGCGGCGAACGUCAUCGCACAGGGCCUCUGCAAGGUCGCGUGCCUAGACAGAAAAUCGUUCAAAAGGCUCAUGGGCUCGGUCCAAGACCUCCUCAACAAGAAGGCCUCCGAGUACAAGAAAGAAUCGGGCGAAGCCUGA